AUGUUUCGGGUGUGGCUUCACGCACCUUGCCAAUGCGGAGCGUUUUGCUGCGGAAAGGGAAGCAGAAGGCGCCGCAAAGGCUGCUUCGUGCUCAGAAUCCAUGUCCUGGCAGCAGGCUUGUGCAUCUGCAGCUUACUGGCCUUACUGCAGCUGAGCAGCAGCACAUCUUCCGAGCGCUGGCUGGCGGGUGUGCAAGAUGUGGGUGCGACUCUAGAUGCGCGCGCCGGCCAGGGGUCCAUGGAUUUGCAGCAGCGAGCAGCAAACAAGAAGCCUCCAAAGGCAAAGAGAAAAAAGCGGGCUUCCACUGUUGCACCGGCGACCACCGUCGAAGAGACGACUCCCGUACCUUCCCCUUGGAGGCAGUUGCCCAUAGAUUGGCAGAAGACGGAGCUGGGUCCUGGGUUUCCGAAUGAGAUUGAUUCUGCCUGGACAGAUGUUGGCGUAAUGGAGUCUGGAGAUGUGCUGCGAAUAGAGGCCCAUGGCUUCAGCUCCAAGGAAAGCCCUAUUGCUGUCUGGGGAUGGUAUUUGAAUGUCUGGAGUGGAGAUGGCCGGCAUUGGGUCACCAAGAAGGGCGAGGAGGAACCCUCUCGCUUGCUGCAUUUUAACCCUCGGCCGCGAGGCGGUGGAUAUAUUGCAAUCAACAACUUCCUGAAGGGUACUGGCUGGGGUAAGGAGAAGGACGUUCCUGUUCCUGAGCAGUGGAAGAUGGAGAACGCUGGCAAAGCAUUCGUGUUGGAGGUGGAGCUCAGCGAUGAGGAAUGGCUGGUGAAGCUCGAUGGCAAGCCACAACCUGAGAUGUCAUACGUGCGCCAGGGCGACUACGGUGGACCUUUGGUCUUGCAGCUCUACGACCUCAUCAAGCCCAGCGUUUCGAUGAAGAAACAGAUCUCCUGA